UGGUGGCAGUUGGAAGAAUGCUUCCUCGAUUGAAUUGCGUGAUUACUUCCCGGAUUCUUCUGGCACUCUUCCUGGUGUACCUGCUGUUCUACAAUCUCAACAGACAACUGAUCUACCGGCCUAAGAUUUCGUACAGACACCUGACGCACUCAAUAGAAACUGAUCGCCUUGUGGAUCUUGUCGCAUCAACAGCUUCAUAUCAUCUGGAACCCGGGAACAUCUGUCAAGAUGAACCAUCAGACUUGCUGGGAGUUAUUCUGGUCUCCUCCUACGUGACCCACGAUGAUCUUCGGUCAGCUCACCGAAGAGCACUUCCUCAGAAUGAGCUGAAAGCGAUGGGAUUGAUAAGGAUAUUCCUUCUGGCUGAAAUUCCUGUCCAGGAGAAAUUUAUCACCCAGUCUGCCAUCGAGGGAGAGCACAAACGAUUCCAGGAUGUUCUGCAGGGAAACUUUGUCGAUGCCUAUCGCAAUCUGACGUAUAAGCAUGUGAUGGGUCUCAAGUGGGCGACGCUGAACUGUUCCCGAGCUUCCUUCAUUGUGAAAAUGGAUGAUGACACAGUCUUUGACUCCACCAAGCUCAGGAGUCUUCUUGAGGAGUUCAGAGUCUCUCACGAUGAAGGGGAAUUGCUGCUCUCAGGCUACGUCCAGAGCAACCAGAAACCCAUACGGAUGAAGCCCAGCAAGUGGUUCGUGAGCCAUCGAGAGUUCAGAGAUGCAAUUUAUCCACAGUAUUUGUCCGGUUGGCUGUACAUGACGAACCAGAGAACUGCCCAGGAAUUGGUGAUUGCCUCGCAGAAGACUCCUUUCUUCUGGAUCGACGACAUCUUCGUGACUGGAAUUUUGGGCAAGAAGCUCUCCUUGCAUUUGGACAGGAGGAAUGCGCUCUUCUCAGCCAAUCACGAUUUCCUUGAGUGCUGCAUUCGAAAUGCGGAGAAGCUUAAUCUGGAAUGUCCAUACUUGGCUGGGCCGAACGGAGGAGACUCGAAUCUCAUCGUGAGAUUCACAUCUUCCGUGUCCAACUGCAAAUCUUGCCGUGCGAGGAGAGAAGGCGAUGCCAAGCUCAAUGAGACCUGCGUUGGAGUGUACAAGUCACAUCCUGGCCACAGAGGAGCACCAGUAGUCCAAGAACUGCAUCUGUGA